UGGAUGAAUGUAAAAGAUACUGGAAACCUGAGUCACAGCAUUAUCUUUGCCUGGUCGGGAUGACUAACGGGCUCUGGGAUGAAAUUUACUGGAAACCACGUCAGUUGACUAAUUGAAAUCUAGGCGUCUGUUUCACUUCAGUUUUCCUUUACUUAAGACUCUUUCGGCAGAGGACCGAGCAUUUUAAUGGACUGGACUAGUUGUCGAAGACGUGAGGAGCACUAUGGAUGAAAGCAGCAGCUCCGACCCGGACCAAAGUCCGCCUAAGAAGUCUUCAGCAGCUGCAACAGCGUCAGCCUCAUCUUUCAAUGCAGAUGUCCUGGAGGAGAUCUUCCUAAAUGUCCCUGCCUGUCAGGUGGUUUGUGUUUGUCAAUUAGUAUGCCAUCAGUGGAAGGAAGUGAUUGACAGCGAAUCUUUGUGGAGAAAAAGGUGCAGAAGAGAAGGGUAUCCCAUCUGUAGUUUUUCAAAAAAAACAGGACUGGAAGUUGUUUUAUUUCUUGUCCAAACAGAAAAGAAAUCUCCUCAAGAAUCCAAAUGGAGAAGAAGGACUGAAUGGCUGGAAGAUCUUGAGAAAUGGUGGCGAUCAGUGGGUUGCUUAGGAGACCACAUCCAGAUGAAGCAGUCAAAACAAAUGUUGCAACCUCUUUUGAGGCAUGAAGAGGAAAACGAAAGUCAUGGGUGCAAGUCACAGCUAUGGUACUGCGAGUUCAAAGUCUGGCACAAGCUACGUUGUAGCACAGCACGCAACCUCGUCCUCGGCUCAAGAGUUCUUCCCUGUUCCUCUGGAGAUCCUGGAGGAAAUCUUCCUACGUGUUCCGGCCGACCAGGUGGUUCAUGUUUGUCGGUUGGUGUGCUCACAGUGGAAAGAAGUGGCUGACAGUGAAUCUUUAUGGAGAGUAAGAUGUAGAAGAGAAGGAUACAACCUCUGUGAUUCUUCCAAAAUACCUGAAGACUGGAGGUUAUUUUACUUCUUAUGCAAGAAAAGAAGAAAUCUCCUCAAGAAUACAAGAGGAGAAGAAAACAUGGAAGGUUGGACAAUAAAGAAUGGUGGUGAUGGGUGGAACCUAGAGGACGUUAUGGUGCCACAUCCAAAUGAAGUAGUCAAGAAAAACUUUGUGACCUCUUAUGGAAUGUGCACAAAGGAGCAGCUAAUUGAUUUGGAGAAGGAAGGCUACAGCACAGCCUUUAUGGAUAACCUCCAACCACACAUCAAAAUAUCUGAUUGGUAUGCACCACGAUGGGAUUGUGGAUGUGAAUAUUCAAUCCUUGUGCAGUUGCUGGAUGCAAAGCAGAAGGUUAUCCAGUCCUAUGCUCCUGAUACUGUUUUCUUUGAUCAGUGGAAUGAUCAGGAGUGGAAUCGGAUGAUCCAUGUAUUCCGGGACUAUGGACCAGGAGUGAGAUACAUUCAUUUUAGGCAUGGUGGCAAGGACACACAGUUCUGGGCUGGAUGGUAUGGAAUACGUGUCACAGACAGCAGCGUUGAAAUAUGUCCAGCAGUGAACACAUAGCUUGUUGGAAUUUGUCCAGUUCUCCCAUCCUGCAUUUGCCUGCAAUUGCACAUUAUCUUCUUACAUCUCACUGACCAUCUAUUCAUGUUUCCAGAGCUAUAAUCUCUGUAUGUGCACAAGUUUUCCAGUGAAAAGCUAUUUUCUUUAAUGUUUCACACAGAACACCUUAAAUAACACCUUAAACUUGCUUUCUGUGAUUGUCAUUGUGAUGUCAAUACUGAAGAUUACUGAGUAUUGUUUAAUUUGACAGGCUAAGUACUAUUUCAUGUACAAAUACAUCUAAAAGUUUACCCAAAUUCAAAAUAAAAUGAUCACUACCUUGUAGCUGGA